AUUAUCUCGAAACUCCUCAUUAUGGCCAAGCUGGAACUUGUCGCUGAACUCACAGGUCAUUCUGACCGAGUCUGGUCGAUUGCGUGGCAUCCCACUCUUCCCCUGCUUGCUACAUGCUCGGGGGACAAAUCAGUUCGGAUAUGGAAGCGCGAUGCGGGAAACGGGAGCUGGGGCUGUGUAUCGGUUCUUGACGAUGCUCACAAGCGGACGAUUCGGUCGUGUGCAUUUUCACCUGAUGGGCGCCUGUUAGCAACUGCGAGCUUUGAUGCAAGUACAGCGGUAUGGGAGAGGGAUGGAGACAGUGGUGAGUGGGAAUGUUUAGCGACCCUCGAAGGUCAUGAGAACGAGGUCAAAAGUGUGUCGUGGUCUGCGUCCGGUGCACUGCUUGCGACAUGUAGCAGGGACAAGAGUGUCUGGAUUUGGGAAGUUGUGGGUGAAAGUGAUUUUGAAUGCUUGAGUGUUCUCCAAGAACACGAACAGGAUGUCAAGAUGGUCCAGUGGCAUCCAACCGAGGAGCUUCUUGCCAGUGCCUCUUACGACGAUUCGAUCAAAAUCUGGCGAGAGGACGAUGAUGACUGGUAUUGCUCGGAUACCCUUACGGGACACACCGCGACAGUAUGGGGCAUAGACUUUAAUGAAACCGGAGAUAUGCUGGCCUCCGUGAGCGACGACCGAACGCUAAGGUUCUGGCGACCAGACACGUCUCAUAGCAACGCUGCAUCACUUGGAUAUCGCCAGGAUCCAAGAUGGAAAUGUGUUCAUACAAUACAGGAUCUUCACGAGCGAACGAUAUAUGCUGUGUCGUGGUCCAAAGUCAACGGGCGUAUUGCGACUGCAGGCGCUGACAAUUGCGUCAAAGUUAUUGAAAAGGAAGCAAUGACCGACGAAAACGCGCCAAAGUUUGAAACGAUAGUGUCAUUGACAAAUGCUCACGGACAGAGUGACGUGAACUCUGUGCGAUGGUGUCCGUUGAACGAAUUUGGGGAUCUCUUGGCCACGGCUGGGGAUGAUUGUGUGGUCCGGCUGUGGCGAUAUGUGAAUACUUAAUCUGAUGUUACAUGUAUUUAGUGUAGAGGUGACAGAAACUGGCACUAGCUACUACACCAGGGAAUAAACCAGCGACAACUGGUUCGGAAAAGCCGAGUAAUUCCCUCCUUACAACCAACCAACUACCACUAGGCCCAAUUACACAUGCAAUACAUUACGGUUGUUUCUAACCGGGUAACUAAGCCCAC